GUGGUGGUUGUUGUUGUGGUUGUUGUUGUUUACCCAGGUAGAGCCUCGCUCCGUCUCUCGUAGGGAUAUCAAUUGAGUAGCAGCGAGUAUGGAAUCGAUGUCCAGGUUGGAACAUUACAACGCGGGGCCUAGCCAUGCGGGGCCUUGCCUCCUGCCCUCGCCUGAUUGCAUUUGCUUUAAUUCUCUGCUUAAGUUUAAUUUGUCUUCAUCUGGCUCACUACUUUGAAACUUUGUUUCUUUUAAAUAUUUCUACAGUUUUUUUUAUAUCUUACCAAGGGCAAGCCCACUUCAGCUGCUAUACCGCUCUUGUUUUCAGAAGCGACCUGCCCACAACAAAGUGGCUUAUCAACGUGUGGAAAUGUCUGUCGGUCAAAUACUCUAAACGCGUGGUGAUGUUGACUCUAAACGUGGAGGGGGUAACCACCGUAACCCUGAAGAUCCGGAGGAAAAUCCACGCGACCACGGGGAGAGAGACACGCAAAUUCCAAAUAUACAUCCUUAAUACAGAAUUGGUCUGAUGGAGCAAAGGCACUCAGCGCAGCUCGGUACAAGAAGGAAACAAUGCGACCAGUAUCCAAACAGCACGGAUCAUACUGGAAGUUUAACACAGCACCAGAGAACUCACACAGGAGAGAAACCCUUCAGGUGUAGUGUGUGUGGGAAGGAAUUUUCAGAUUCAUCGACUCUUAAAAAACACCAGAGAACACACACAAGAAGGAAACCUUUCAAAUGCACUGUCUGUGAGAAGGCAUUUGCACGGGCAGCAGAUCUUCAGAUCCACCAGAGAGCACACACAGGAGAGAAACCCUUCAAGUGCAGUGUGUGUGGGAAGGCAUUUUCAAGUUCAUUUUAUUUUAAAAGACACCAGAGAAUACACAAAGGAGAUAACCCCUUCAAGUGCAGUGUGUGUGAGAAGGAAUUUUUAGUCAUCACAUUUUAAAAAACACCAGAGGACACACACAGAAGAGAAACCCUUCAGGUGCACUAUGUGUGGAAAGGCAUUUGCAGAUUCACCGAUUCUUAAAAAACACCAGAGAACACACACAAGAGAGAAACCUUUCAAAUGCAAUGUCUGUGAGAAGGCAUUUGAAUGGGCAGCAUUUCUUAAGAUCCACCAGAGAACACACACAGGAGAGAAACCCUUCAAGUGCACUGUGUGUGAGAGGGCAUUUGCACGGUCAUCAGAUCUUCAUCGACACCAGAGAACAUACAGGCAUCAGAAUAUCCCCAAAGAGUGUCUGAAAUCGACUUGUGGAAGUCAAAGUGCUGCAAUGAGCCCAUCCCUCCUGAAAAAAGAACCAGAAGUACAUUCCAGCUUGGACACUAUGAAAUGUAUCAAGGUGAAAUGUGAAGAGGCAAUAGUGAAGAGCGAAGAAGUGAAGGUAAAAUGUGAAGAUGUGAUGGUGAAGAGCGAAGAUGUGAAGGUAAAAUGUGAAGAUGAAGAUUCAACUCCAAAAUCGGACCUUCACAUCGAUGGAGGCAACGUGAAGCAGGAGGAGAAUUCUGACUGUGAGGCAGAGCGAGGUAACUCUCAGCAGUUUGUGGAAGUGGAGGUGUGGGUGGACUUCUUAGACAAAACAAAGUCAAAUGGGGACCCGGUAGAUGUGUAUGCUUGAGACAAUGAAGCCCCAGUAGAUUCACCUUUGUCACAGGCCUUUAAUGAAAGAAUGUGAAGUUGAACGCUCAAUUCAGUAUUUGCAGACCUGUGGGUUGGGUAGUUCUAUAUCAAUUUAUAACAUUUUUGACAUGCGUUUUUCUGGAUUUUUUUGUUCUUCUGUCUCUCACUGUUCAAAUAAACCUACCAUUAAAAUUAUAGACUGAUCAUUUCUUUGUCAGUGUGCAAACGUACAAAAUCAGCAGGGGAUCAAAUACUUUUUGCCCUCACUGUAUAUAUCUUUUUUACUUCCAACCCGUGAUGAGAGGACAGAAUACAUGUUGACAGCAAGCACACGCGUGCACAACAGGUCACGACUUUAAAGGCCACAGCGCCCCUUUUUGACAGAGACUGCAAGUCUCAUGCAAAAAAUGUUUAAUGCUUCCAACCCGUGAUGGAAUUGUGGGGAACGCUGCCAAAAACGAAUACACACAAACAGGGAGACAAUUGUGUUAAAAGCUUUCUUUUCAUCGCAUAAUCUUGCCGGCGAAUGUAUUAAAGCCCUUAACCAAUUGAUGCACAUUUGUUAGACAAGCAAGCAUACUACCGCACACCAUUGUUCCAAGGCAUUACGUUAAUUGCAUAAUCUAACAAAUGAAUUCAUUGAGGUCUACCUUUGCUUAGGCACAUGUUUCUUUAUUACUGUUCGUAUGAAUAUUGUCACAUUAAUUAAAAAAACUUUUUCCUGUCGCUGUGUAUGAUCACCUUACUCUGAAGAAUGAGCCAAUUGUUCUGUU